CAUUUCCAUGACCCCCUUUGGGGUUUUGAAACUACAGAAGACAACAUGGCGGGGAUCGCAGCGUUCCUGAAGAAUGCAUGGAAUAAGGAGCCUGUUAUCCUGGCCUCCUGUGCUAUUGGAUUGAUAGGUUUUGCUCUUCCGUUAAUCAGCCCCAUCACAAAGUAUACAGGAAUGAUCAAUUCGUCUGUGCCAUACAACUACCCAGUCCCUGUGCGAGAUGAUGGAAACAUGCCUGAUGUCCCUGCUCAUCCGAGUGAACCAAAAGGAAACAACUUGGAAUGGCUUAAAAAUCUUUAACUUUACAUUUGUACGAUCACAAACACUUGAUCGUUUCUUUUUGUUCAUAUGUGUCUGCAUAGCUGCUCCACCAAUCAAUGUCCCACAAUAAAGAUUUAUUUAAUUCUA